GGUUACUACAAAGUCAGGAAAGUUGAACUAUUUUCAUAUUGAUACUGGAAGUAUUGAGUCUAUAAUAUUUAAGAAGAACUUACUAUCAUUUUGUAAGGAUGUACAGGUUAAGCUUACUACAAGUUCAGUUACAGGUACUACUGGUCACAAGCUACUCCUCAUCGACACCAUCAAGAUUCUUUUGAAAUCAGAAAGUGGUAGUUUUCUACAGAUUCCCUUGCUCGUUAGUGAAGAAAAUCUAUCUGUACUUGGAAUAAAAGGUCUUAAAUUGCUGGAUUUCUAAAUAUCGUUUCCACCGAUUUAUUCCACAAUGACUUACUUAGUGAAGCAAUUUCUCGCUUUUUACAAUGCGAAGAUCCUGUUUUUAUGAAUCAGUAAGAAUACAGUGACUUAGCUUACCUACUGAAUCAUUCUGAGCUAUAGUUUCAUGACAUUCUUUUUCUCAUCGGUGAACAUGAUGUGUUCGCCAAAGAAUUGCCAGAAGGUAAAUUUCACUUUUUUAGAAGCAAAGAAAAGUUUACGUGAAGCAACAUGGACGAAAGAAAAGCGCAUACAACAUCCUGCGACUGUUACUAACUAUGUACAAUCAUCCAUUCACCAUUUGAAUCAGCAACUGAAUGCCGAACACUUUAUAAUUGUUAAGAAUUUACAUCCUAUGACUACAGAAAGGAAUUCAUUACACGAACUAAUGAACACCUCAACUAGCAAACACAGUAAUAAGAAUGUUGUGGUGAUUGACAAUUUCUAUCUCUGUAUUGUUUAAAUAAUUACUGUUGUUUGUUAAUAUAUUUCUUAUAUGAAU